AUGGCUGAAGAACGCUGCUCUGACUAUCGGCUGUCCGCAGCAUCCCUCCAGAGUUAUCUUCGAAAGACAUUCAAUGACGACACCAUUGCAGUCGAGUCUACUAGUGGACACUAUGUCUUCAACCUCUCUGAGGGGUGUACUUUGACAGAGAUUGCAACAGUCUUAUACGAACUUGAUUCACCAGCCAAUAUGAGUAUCCACAAUUACCCCAUUUUUGACAUGAUAAAGUCAGGUCAGAGGUCUUUGCCAAAGGACAUUGCAGAGGCCGAGCCUUCGGAACGUGCUUACAUGGCUCUCAGAGCCAGUUGCGAUCGUCAGGGCAAUUACCCUUGUAAUCUUAUGCAGCGAAAGCAACUGAAAAGUACUACAGAGCGCUAUCGGCGGCAACUCAAUGACGAAGGCGACAAGCUUUUCAACCAUGACUUUGAGGAAAUUCAUUUCCAUGAAUUGCAAGACAAGGGCACAGGUGAUCACAGACGUCCAUUCUGUCAUGAAUAUGUUGUAUUAACACUCUUAGACUACGGGACAUCCGUCAUUCGAAAUACCCCGUCCGUCCAGAAACAUCUCCAUCAAGAUGGUCGUGAUCCCAUCUCUCGUUUUGUCUUCAUCCAAGCCGAACAUUCCCGCGCUCCAUUAAACUGCUCUCGCGAUAGCUUCUCACACAUCCUGUCAUACCACCAAGUGCCUCCAACCUUCAUCGACUUUGUGUCUGCCUUUGGUCUCACACAUUACCCGACCGAUUACCAUAUGACAGGCUUCGACUCUGAUGAUACUCUUGCAGUCAAAGACCCUUCGAAGCUACUCACGAUACCCACCAUUGGCCGUUCAGGGCGCGAGCACCGUAUGCAAUAUCUCUUGCGGUCUGCUGAGCGGGACUAUGCCUCUGACGGGUCUCGCAAGUGGAAUAUCCGACAGACCGCUGUAUACCAUACCUUUGACUUGAUCGAAGGUAAAGCCUUGUGGAUCAAUAUGAAGGCCAACAGUCUAUUGGAGGAUAGAAUCAAAGAAGCAACAGCCGACUCUGCGAUAAUGAAUUCCGCUGCGAUGGGUGACCUGGCUGAGUCCUUUUCUUCAACCCUCACUAUUCACCUCAUUUUUCUCGAGUGGUGCGACCAGGAUUGGAGAACGUGUAUUAAUGAUUGCGAGACUAAGAUUAGGAGCAUAUUGGCCAAGGCUCAAACAUCGCGAGUCGAUCAGCCUGCCGAGUUCAACGCUUCUGCAAAGCGUGCUUUGGUAAUGAACCAAGCCAAAACAACCGGCCUCAGUAAUUACGAGAAAAGGUCCUUUUCGCGCCCUUCAAUCUGGCAGUGGACGAAGCGAAUCUUUCCCAAAUCUCCAAGUGGCCACGGUCAUCAGGAUUUUAAUGAGAAAGAGCGGUUCCGGUCCGCUGGAGAAGUUGGGCAUACGCAAGGAACGCAGAUCAACAACCUUAACAAUCUUGAUACCUUUUCGUUCGACAGUAUCCAGCAGCUUCACUACUUAGAGGAGCAAUUAGGAAGCUAUCACUUGGUGAUGGAGCUCAACCGUCAAGCUAUGCACGACAUCGCAGAGCGGUAUCGAAACUUGCUAUCUCAUCGCGGUUGCCCGGAAUAUCUCCAAAUACAUUGCCUUGCCGAUGUCGAAGCUUUCAUUCAGAGAAUUGAACGCAUUGAAAAGAAUCUUGACAUUCGCAUGGCUCAACUUGACCGCAUACUUCAAUAUCGGAAUGUCCAGAUCGGCCGUAUCUUUACGGAAAGCUCGUUUGGUCAAUCGGAGAAAAUGGAGCGCAUUGCAUACAAGACGGAGAAAGAAACUAUCUCUAUGCAUGUCAUCACCUGCGUGACGCUGGCAUUCCUUCCCGCAAUGUUUGUCGCUACUUUCUUCCAAAGUGGACUGGUGGAAAUAAACCAGAAGGCGACGGGCGUAGAUAAUGCCGUGAUAUUUCACGGAAGUGCCUUCGGGAUCUUCUCUGCGAUAUGUUUUCCCCUCAUGGCAUUUACAUUUUUCUUAUGGAUCAUUGUAUUCAACUAUAUGGCCCGUAGAGCACGAAGACGAAUCACGAUGGAAAGUGUUUGA